AUGUUCAUCAAUGAAACAGCAUCAACGAACGAAAAAAUUGAAACCAUCUGUAAGAGUCCGAGCAGACAGAAAACAACGAUACUGAGUCAACGUGCAGCAAAACGACGAACUCAAAAGGCGAUACCGUGCCAUUAUUGGACGAAAGGUGUUGUUUGUCCGUAUGGAAGUCGUUGUUGGUAUUCACAUGGCGAUUGCAAUGAGGAAUCAUCACCAAACAAUACGAUAGAUCAAACAAUACUCACGAAGACA